UCAGAAGCUCGCAAGCUGGGAAAUCGAGUGGUUGACAGGUGGGCGGAUGGGAGCGUGGGCGGCAAAGACACGCGAGCCGUGCGAAGCGCGCGUCUUUCGGUGCAAGGGGCCUGAGUGUUGCAAAACAAGCGACCAGAGUUCCACCGAAAACCCACAGAUGCUCCCCUGUUAGUGCUGGAAAACCCCCUCCUCAUCAGCCCAAGCUUCAAAGCACGGCCCACUAUGUCUAUCAGUGUUGAAAUGGAAGCUGAGCCGUGUGUGCUUCCAGUCCUCUGCGACCUGGGCAUCUUCCUGGCCACCACCACGAGAGGAGCGCAUGGGAGCGACUGGAUUAUCUCAUGCUCCCCCCGAGUCAGCUAACGGAUUCGGCAUGAUCAGCUGCGCAAAUCUCCACCUGGCAAUGCCUUGGAUGCGCUGUGCAUAUGUCGCGCAUCUGCGUCCCGCCUGGAAAUUUGGUGGUUUCCUUGGGUGUCUCACAGAGCAUGCAGCUGCAGCGAGAUCAAGUGACUGCUCAGGUGGCUAGUGGAGUGCAGUCGGAUCGAGGCGAGAUGGUGUGCACAUCAAUGCAGCCCUGUGCGUGGUCGGUCCACCAGACCGACGGAGGGCAAUCACAGUCCCUCCCGUUGGGGUCGUCUGGCAAGCACGGGGCAUUUGAGUCGACUGCUCUCAUCGGCGCCCGGUCAAGCAAGCCGCAAAGACUGUCCGACUAUGGCGAUUCCUCAGGCAGCUUCCAUCUCCCGGCUCCAUUCGAAUGCACGGCGAACCGGUCCAGCGAUUCCUGGUUUUGGCUUCGUCCGGGACCCAGCGAACACCUUCCUUCCGCGAUUGAAGACGUGCGUCGGCAAGGUGUUCGCUUGACUCGAGUUUUCAAGGGCGGCAGCGACUGCCAGUUCUGCAGGCCUGCAGUAGCGGGAGUACAUCAGCGUCUCGCAACAUGUGGCUGCAGCAUUGUCGAUUGAUGAAUGGGCGGACCAUCUGCACCAUGGAGAGGCGUGCAGCUGCACAUGUGAC